UCUAUUUCGAUUCGUCUGCUUCGCCGAGAACAUCACAACCAGCACCAUGAAAUUCGCCCUGACUCUCGUCGCCCUCUUGGCUGCCGUCUGCUCUGCCUUCCCUUCGGACUCCUACGGGCCGGCCAACUCCUACGGUCAGGACAACACCAUCAAGAUCCACCACGUCUACUACAAGCACGAUGGCUACGGCAAAGAUGGCUACGGCAAUGAUGGCUACGGCAAAGGAACCUUAGUCGACGGAGGUUACUCCACAGCCAACUUCGUCCUGGGGACUAAGGGAGGAUACAGCUUCGGCGGCCUCGGAAACGCCGGUGUCCACGGAGGUCACGGCAGCGGUGGCUACGGAAACGCUGGCCAUGGCGGAUACGGCCACUAAGUUGGUGGCUGUAGUAUCAACGGACGCAACGGUGGCCAUACAGUUUCCCACUAAAGUUAUGGCCACAGUUACAAUUGUCAUGAGCAAGUGGAACUGAAAAUGUAUUCUUAUUUUGGUAGAAUAAAUAUUUAUCUAUUA